CGUGGAAGGUCUUCACUCCUGAGGAAUCAGCAUGUGGAGUACAGCUCCUGGAAAUGAAGCUAGCAGUACGCAUAUUAAAAACAGUCUACUGUUUCUACUGCCAUUGGAGUCUUGACUAUCUUAAAGGAACUACAUUUAACCUUUUAAAAAACCAUUAAAAUUGUGGCAGAACUUCCUUAGUUUUGAAAUUGGAGUUUUCUGAUUUCGUGGUCAUGUCAGCUGUGAUUCUCCUUUUGAUGGUGUUCUUUGGAACUCUUCCAUCAGGUGGCUCGACAGGGGAUGAAUGUCCUUUGGAGUUGUUGGAGCUGAAAAAGAGCAUUCAGAAACUUAAUUAUGAGCUGAUAAUCGGGGACUGGAAACUGAUGUACCUGCGUACGCACCACCGCUUCAGACCUGCAGCAGAAUCAAAACGGGACAACACGGCCCUACCAACCCUGCCAAGCACGGGAGGAAACCUCCUGGUUCAUGAUAGAGACUGCUCUGAGCUGUUUGACAGGCUCAGACCUGAGAGCGGGUUCUACCGGAUCAAACCAGAUACAACUCUCGAGCCUUUUCUUGUGUACUGCGACAUGGAAGAUGGAGGAGGCUGGACCGUGGUACAGAAACGUUGCAACGGUAAAGUGGAUUUCAAUAGAGACUGGGAGGAAUAUAAGAAUGGUUUUGGUCAUUUCAAAUCAAGAAAAGAUGAGUUCUGGCUGGGCAAUGAUCACAUUCACUCCUUGCUUUACAGAGGUGAGAAGGUAAUGAAGAUUGAUCUGAUGGACUGGAAUGGAGAAAAAUCAUAUGCGAUGUAUGACAACUUCAAAGUGGCAGAUGAAAAGGAUAAGUACAGGCUAUACUUUGGCGUGUACAGUGGCCGGGCUGGAGAUGCCUUGUCUGGCGGGAGCAGUAUGGUGGAGCAGUGGUCUGCCUCCCACAGUGGCAUGCAGUUUAGCACAAAAAAACAGGAUAAUGAUCGCUACCUGCAAGGAAACUGUGCUGUAGAGAACAUGGGAGGCUGGUGGUACAACAGGUGUCAUGCUGCCAACUUGAAUGGAAAGUUUUAUCAAGGAGGGAAGUACACAGCAAAGCAUGACAAUGGGGUGGUGUGGAGCACCUGGCGAGGGUUCUGGUACUCCCUCAGAAACACAAGCAUGAAGGUGCGACCUACAGCAUUUAUGGACAGCCUAGGAAGUGGAGCAGAACCCAACAUCUAAAACAUUGCACUUUUUUUUUUUUUUUUUUUUUAAUGUGUCAUGAGAAGUGAAUUUAUGCUGCACCAUUAUGCAAUCCAAACAUUUAGCAAAAGCAGAGAUUGCAGUAGAGCAUUCAGUAUAACCUACAGUUAGCAUGCAUGUGGAUCAUAGAUAUACUACAGCAUUCUUUUGCUUUUUGAAGUCUAAAAUGAUCUUGUAAACAAGCUGCCUGUAUGAAAUGCCAUUUAUGAUAAAAAUGUACCUUUCCAUGCAUAUAUACUUUAUCUGAACAGUACCAGAACAGUCACGCACACGUCAUACUAUCAUUAUGGAUACCUUCUGUUCACACAAUUCUUAAUACAGCUAAUUAACAAUAUUUAUAUCUAUAGCUAACCCUACCCCUAACCUCAGUAAGCAAAAGCAAAACAUUUGGCUCUUUUAGGUUUUUUUUUUCUUCUUUUUAAAAAUGUUUUUUUUUUUUUUUUUAAAUAAAAGCUGCAGUUUUUUUUAAAAAAAAAGAAAAGAUUUCCUCAUGGGGACCAGCUAAAUGUCAGAUAUAUCCAAGGACAUUUGGAUCACAUGAUAUACAUACACCCCCCUACAUUCGAACACUGCACUUUCUAGUUUUAAAAACCACACAUUUACAUUUACAUCUACAUUUACGUGUAGAACAACAGAGAUAAAAAUUUAACAAAUAUACAGACUGAUAAACAUGAAAGAAAUUUAUUUACAAUGCAUACAGAACAUUGCUUGCCUGGGUAUGAGCAGAGACAUUGUUCCAGUGUAAAGAGACUCCCACAGUUUAAACUACUCUGAAUUAGACUACAGCCAGAUUGAUUACAUUCUUUUAAUCUGGAUACACUAAAACAAAAUUAAUAUGCAGUAAUCCUGCAAAAUUUCCAAAAAAAAAAAAAGAUAUUAAAAUAGCUUAUUUUCCAUUUACAAACAAAUAUAAAAGCAUUUAUUCUUAGAUUAAAUAUUGCUUAUAUAUUGUAAUUUAGAGGGAUUUAAAGACUAAUCAAGUUGCUGCAAUAUACUACUUAAUGCAGUGAAAAAUUGAAUAACCCUAGUUUUUUUUGUUGAUUGUUUACCCAUUUAUUUGAUAAACCCAGCUUGUUGUUUUAUACAGUAUCUGUUAAAAUGUUCAACAUGAUUUUAUGGCAGCAUUAAAGUAACAAUACUUACAUUUACUGCUUAUUUACAUCAGGUGCCAAUAACACUAAAUAUCUUCAAAGCACAGUGAAUGUUCCGAAAAUAAAAUUUCUACACUGCACAUUUGAUAUGAUUUGUGAUGUUAAUAGAUUACUAAGGAACAUAAAAUGAAAUUCAAUCACAAAAUUAAUAAAUGAUUCAUUAUUCAGCUAAUCAUAAAACUUGUUCCCAAAAUGGUCAUUCCCAAAUAAAGGCUCUAAAAAAAAAAGAGG